AUGUUAUGCAGAAAGAAAAGCCUUACCGACGACCAGCGACAUCAAAUUGCCCCUCUGGGUCUACUGAACAACACAUACAAUAACGGUGAGUACCGCACAUACGACUAUAGGGUGUGGAAAACAGGGCUUCCCGUCCGCCCAGCCGUACUUAAGCCACAGAAGUUGAGUGCGAUGAAACUGAACUGCGCCCUGCGUGAUUUAAAGCAGCACUUAUAA